AUGGGAAGUUGUAUUAGCUGUGAUGCUUCAAUUGUAGACAAGGUGCAUGAUGUUGGAUUUGAUGAAUGUAACAAAAAUAAUGAUAUUAUUAAAUGUGAACAUGGUGGGGACCAAAUUAUGUUGAGAGGUUCCUCUAACUUUGUAUCAAUGUACUGCCAAAAGGGUACAAAAGGACUUCAUAAUCAAGAUGCAAUGACAGUUUGGAAGGACUUUGCUGGAGAUAAAGACACAAUCUUUUGUGGUGUGUUCGAUGGUCAUGGUCCUUUAGGACACAAAUUUUCAUAUUCUAUCCGUGACAAAUUACCCUCCAAACUCUCUACAAUAAUCAAACUAUCACAACAAAAACUCUCCAAACAAAAUGGCCCUAAUGCUAAAGAAAAAAGUAGUUAUGGUGAUUUGUAUAGUAAUGAUGAUGAGAUUAACCAACAAUUGUCCAUUGCUUCAUGGGAAGGAAGUUUUCUUAGAUCCUUCAAUGAGAUGGAUAAAUAUCUUGCUAAAAAUGUUGACACCGAUGGCUUUUGUGGCGGUAGCGUUGCCGUGACUUUAAUUAAAAAGGGCGACCAAUUGAUAAUUGGUAAUUUGGGAGAUUCUCGUGCAGUUCUUUGCACAAAAGCAGAUGACAAUCAUCUUAUUCCUAUUCAACUUUCUGUUGACUUGAUUCCAGAUGUUCCAAGUGAAGCUAAGAGAGUCAUUAAGUGUGGAGGUAGAGUUUUUGCUACAAAGCAAGAUCCUACUGUAAAUAGAAUUUGGAUGCCUGAAGGUGAUUGCCCUGGAUUAGCUAUGACAAGAGCUUUUGGAGAUUUUUGCCUAAAAGACUAUGGCCUCUCCUCAAUUCCUGAUGUAUCUUACAGAAAACUUACCAAACAAGAUGAAUUUGUUGUUUUGGCCACUGAUGGGAUAUGGAAUGUGCUAACAAACAUGGAAGUAAUAACCAUAGUUGCUUCAGCACCAAAGAGGUCCUUAGCAGCCAAAUUGUUAGUAAAACGUGCUGUUCAAGUUUGGAAACAAAAGUAUCCUCGUCACCAUAUUGAUGAUUGUGCAGCCAUAUGCUUGUUCUUUAAUGAAAAUGCGAGAGGGAAUAAAAGAUACCCCUAGAAGAAUUCGCAUUUCUUGUGACAUAGAAAAGUAGUGUCUGAAAUUACAAACUUUUACAUAAUUCUAAAUUUUGGUCUGCAGCUGCAAAUGUAACUGUAAACUAAUAAUUUUGAGGUCUCUGCAUCCGCGACUACAAUUGUAAUUUAAAAUUGUUUGGUAAUAGGAGUAUCAUAGAA